CUCCCUCCCACCUCCCCCAGCUCAACCCUCAGCACAGCAGCAUCCACCAUGUCCAUCUGCUCCAGCGACCUGAGCUACAGCAGCCGCGUCUGCCUUCCUGGUUCCUGUGACUCUUACUCCGACUCCUGGCAGGUGGACGACUGCCCAGAGAGCUGCUGCGAGCCCCCCUGCUGCGCCCCCAGCUGCUGCGCCCCGGCCCCCUGCCUGAGCCUGGUCUGCACCCCAGUGAGCUGUGUGUCCAGCCCCUGCUGCCAGGCGGCCUGUAAGCCCAGCCCCUGCCAAUCAGGCUGCACCAGCUCCUGCACGCCCUCAUGCUGCCAGCAGUCUAGCUGCCAGCUGGCUUGCUGCACCUCCUCCCCCUGCCAGCAGGCCUGCUGUGUGCCCAUCUGCUGCAAGCCAGUCCGCUGCGUGCCCACCUGCUCUGAGGAUUCCUCUUCAUGCUGCCAGCAGUCUAGCUGCCAGCCGGCUUGCUGCACCUCCUCCUCCUGCCAGCAGGCUUGCUGUGUGCCCGUCUGCUGCAAGCCUGUGUGCUGUAAGCCUGUCUGCUCUGUGCCCAUCUGCUCUGGGGCUUCCUCUCUGUGCUGCCAGCAGUCUAGCUGUCAGCCAGCUUGCUGCACCUCCUCCCAAAGCCAGCAGGGCUGCUGCGUGCCCGUCUGCUGCAAGCCUGUGAGCUGUGUGCCUGUUUGCUCUGGGGCUUCCUCUUCAUGCUGCCAGCAGUCUAGCUGCCAGCCGGCUUGCUGCACCACCUCCUGCUGCAGACCCUCCUCCUCCGUGUCCCUCCUCUGCCGCCCUGUAUGCAGGCCCGCCUGCUGCGUGCCCGUCCCUUCCUGCUGUGCCCCCACCUCCUCCUGCCAACCCAGCUGCUGCCGCCCAGCCUCCUGCGUGUCCCUCCUCUGCCGCCCCGUGUGCUCCCGCCCAGCCUGCUGAGGCCUCCACUCAGGUCAGAAGCCCAGCUGCUGAUGGACACGCCCCCCAGUGCCAGCCAGGCUCAGGUCCCACCUGAAAGCUGAUAGUCGUGUACUGAAUUGCUCCUGCACUUUGGCCAUUUCCUGGCGUCUGCUGUUGAGCUGGACAAUGGAAGAACUGAAAGUCUAUACUCAAUGCUGCAGCCCUCUUGCGUGGGGAGGGGGGCGCUUCUAGAAAGUUUCCAUGGCAGUGGCCUCCCCUCCGUAUCUCCCACCUCUCAUGAGGGUCAGCUCAGCCUUGACCCGUGAGGUCUCUGUCCUCCUGGCUCAGAGCCGCAGAGCCUUCUUUGGACGCCCUCAAGCUGACCAAUAAAGGCCCUGAGACUGCAAUGGCGUGGACACCCAGGUGUGUUGAUUAAUGCCUUGGCUGGAGCUCAUGGCCAUGGUUUUCUCCUUUGUGCACAACCCUCUGCUGUCCUUCAGGCCCCUGAGUGUUUUCCUGUGCCCACAGGCGUGUGGUUCCCAGGGGUCCAGGCUAGACGGACAUGGACGGGGGGAGCCUUGCAGCCCUUUGGCCAUUUCAGGCCCUUGGGUGUGUCCCUAACCCUCCUGUGUUGUUACUCACGUCAUAGUUCUUUUUGCUGAUUUGCUUUUUAAAUUAUCCUUCUUCUGCACAAUACUUGUCAAAUAAGAAUGGU